AUGGAGUGCUCUCCCCUCUAUCGGCAGGCUGCCAACAUGAAGAAGAGCCUUCUUGAUCAGGUCCGCUUCCCUGGACCUAUCCAAGAGCCAGAGAGAGAAAAUCAUGCAGCAGUUAUAUAAUAUCUGGGCCUACUUAACUUUCCCAUAAUAUAUACCCUCGAUAUCUCCGCGCUGCUCGCUGGUCAACCCGCUGACUCUCUUAUUAAUUUGCAGCUGGCUAUGCAUUACCUUUGACUUUAUUUGACCUGUUCUUCGUCUGAUUUUCGUCCACUAACUCAUCUUUAUGGUAGAAGCUGCAGUUACUUUAUAAGUAAUCCCUUUGACGGAGCUUUACAGAUGCUUAUCUUCUCAUCUCCAGUCGUUGACUUUUUUUACCCCAAGAACAGUAGAUCUGCAUAUUUUCUUUCUCCUCCUUCGUGGGUAAAGUGAGAUGGGGAGUUCAUCUUGGCAGGGGUACCUGGACGAGCAGUUUCAUCAGCUGGAGGAGUUGCAGGAUGAUCUCAGCCCAAACUUCGUGGAGGAAGUCGUCACCCUGUUCUUCAGGGACUCUGCGAGGCUGAUCGCGGGCAUCGACCAGGCCCUGUGAGUGCCAUGAUCCUCCCUUUUGAUCUCAAUUCAUCUCCAUGGUCAACCCAUGGACGCUGACUGGGUGAUAUCAUCCGGCUGGAAACAGGGAGAAGACUCCUCGUGACUUCCAGAGGCUGGAUGGGUUCAUUCACCAGCUCAAGGGCAGCAGCUCCAGGUGAGAGGAGGAGCUCUCGUAGAGAGAGAAACUGCAGAUCUCUUGCUCGAUAAAAUCCGCGUUCUUGAUCUCUGUGGUCCAUCUCGUUGGCAGCAUUGGGGCGGCGAAGGUGAAGAACGAGUGCUCCGCCUUCCAAGAUCACUGCAACCAAGGGAGCACCGAAGGGUAUUGCAAACUGCCGACUUCCUCCUGCUCCUCCCCAUUCAAGGUUUUAUCUUCUUGGUGAUCGUGGAGUUUACUGGUGAGUUCCUGUUCUGGACUCGCAGAUGCUUGAGGUCCUUCAAGAGAGUGAAGAGAGAGCAUGCUGCCUUGAGGCAGAAGCUGGAGAACUACUUGCAGGCAAGAACAUCCCUCUCUCUCUCUCUCUCUCUAAGAGGCCUAUUCCACAUUCUGAGAAUGGGGCUGGUCUUUUCAGGUACUGAGGCAAGUUUCCCCAAGCCCUAUGAAGGCGGCUGUUCGACCCAAGUGA